GAUAAUUGUCAUGUUGGGAGCUAACCUUAAUAGAGGUACAAAGCAUUAUUUUAGAAUCAGAACUGGUUGUACAUCUGUACACACAAAAAUAAAAAUCUCGGAAAAAAUUUGAGAAAAAUUAAAUUUUCACAAAAAAAUUCUCAGUUUUGGUUUCCAGUUUUUAUAAAAAAAAAAAUAAUAACGUUAAGAAAAAUUACACAAAAGUUACAGUUCAACCAGUUUCCAGGGUGCUGCUGGACAAUAUGAGAAGGUGGAACUCGUUGCAGCUUAAAUUGUAGAUUGCGAUUGUUAUUUUUGGCUAAGCGAACAGGAUGGGCAAGAAGGGAGGAAAGGGCAAAAAGGGCAAGAAGAAGGCAACGAUUGUGGCGCCCGUUGCCGUGGUGCAACAGGAAUGCCCACCAUGUCCCGAACCACCGAAAAUGAUCCAACCAUUGGACCCAUGCCCAGAGACCACGGGUCCCCAUGAUGUGCUGCGUGCACAGCCGAAUCAUUACCCGGCUCUGUUGCGCAUUCCGGAAACGAUGGCCGUUGUUGGGUCCGAGAAUGGAUGCUACGACAGCAUCUGUAAGCUGUUGCGUGCCGGAUUUCGCUGUGCGGAGCGUGUCUUUGUUAUGGCACCGUGGGGCAACUAUGUCGUCUUUCGCUUCCACAAUAAUAACGAUUUCAUCUACUUCCUCUACGAUGGCUGCACCUGCGAUGUGAAUCGUUUUCGUUAUCUGGACCUUAGUUGCGGUACCGCCGGCUUUCUAUACUUCAGCAACAUGCAUGACGUCAUCAGCUAUAUCAUCCAAUCUCGUAAGACCCGUCUCUAUCUGGAGAAUCUCAACAAAAUUGCCAUCGAUCAAAUAGUCGAGGAGUACGGUGCAGUGACCUACACCCAGAAGGCCAAGUGCAUGCGAUUCGCCUAGUCCUACUCCAUGGCUAUCAAAAAAAUACAAGUUACAUAACGUGAUAGAUAGAGCACCCUAUAGAGCCCUACGUCGGUACUCUGCCGUUCAACCGAUUCAAAGUUCAAUGCGCUUUCUCCAAAAUUAAAGAAUAGUUUUCGCAUAAAUCAAUCGAUAGCGCAUGCAAUUUUUUGAAUCAUUAAGUUUGUCGCUUAACAAAAUAUUAUCAAAUACCAAUUUUUGGGGUAUGCCUUAAUAAAAAUUAGGUUAUGUUCGAUUUUUGGCUAGAGCCAAUUUGAAUGUGACAAACGACAACGGGAA